GUAUUAAUAACAGGAUCAGUCAUGCUUCAUGCACGCAUAGGCCUACCAGACAGUUAGAAUUUUGACUACUUUUUUGUUAAAUCAAGAACAACCAUGGAUCCUCAUUCCUGUGCCCUGCAGGAUGUACCUCGCUGUGAUCUUUGUGAGACCACCUUAGUACACAGCUACUGUGACUUUUGUCAUUUCAACCUCUGUAAGCCCUGCAUUUGAGAUCACAUCUCAGAUGGAUAUGACAAACAUAAAAUAGUUCCAUUCCAGGAACGUAGAUCAACACUCAUUUAUCCCAAAUGCGAAACGCACCAACACAAAAAUUGUGAAUUUCAGUGCAAUGAUUGUAACAACAUUUUUGUUUGCUCUUCCUGCAUGGCAUCUGAACAACACAAAGGACAUAACUUUGUAGAUGUUACAGAAAAUUACAAGACAAUGAAAGACAAUAUAAAAAAAGACACAGAAGGGUUAGAAAAUCAUAUUUCUCCUACAUAUGAAGAAAUUGAACUUGACAUCGAAACUCAGCUUGCCAACCUGGAUGGAGGAUAUAAAAAACUUACAACAACAAUGUCCAAACAAGGAGAGCAAUGGCACAGAGAAAUCGACAUUGUCAUCAACAAAAUGAAAACCGAAAUUAACGAGAUAAAAGUGAAGCACCGUGACAUUUUAAAGAAACACUUGAAUGAAAUCAAACAGACACAGUCUCUCAUAAAACAAACAAUACAAGCCAUACGGAUAAUCGAGAAAUCUACUGAAGUAUCUUCAACUAUUGAAUACAGCUCUAAGGUCAGAGAGUUCAGCAAACUUCCACCCAAAGUUAAGGUUACAAUGCCAACAUUCAUUCCAAAACCGAUAGAUCGUGAGAAGCUGUAUAUUUUGUUUGGAGAGAUCAGCCCAUUAUCUACUGCAACAGAAGAUAAUGUUUUGUCACUAAAUCAACCCAACACUUCAGUCAGAGAACUCCUGGAUGAACCAAAGCUUGUUACCACAAUACAGACUGGAUAUAAAAAUCUAUGCAGUGUUACCUGUCUGAAUGAAGACAGGAUAUGGACAAGUGGACUGACCAAUGAUAUCAAAUGCUUUAACAUUAAAUGUUCACUCCUCCAGGCUAUUAAAACAAAAUCAGAAGAAUCGCCUAAUGAUAUAACUGUAAACAGUGAUGGGGAACUACUGUACUGUGAUGGGACAGAUGGGACAGUGAACAUAGUAAAGAAUGGACAGACAAAAAUGUUGAUCACAUUGCCAGAGGAGUGGGCGCCUAAUCAGCUGUGUGUCACCUCUACUGGUGAUCUCCUGGUUACCAUGUUCAGUGUUGAUAAAACUCAAUCCAAAGCUGUCCGUUACUCGGGAUCUACAGAGAAACAAACAGUUCAAUUUGAUGAUAAUGGUCAACCUCUGUACUCAGGGAAUGAUGCUGUUAAAUACAUCACAGAGAACAGAAACCGUGACAUCUGUGUAGCUGACUGGGUGGCUGGUGUAGAAGUGGUGGUUAAUCAGGACGGGAAACUCAGAUGGAGAUACACCGGUCAUCCCUCAGCUAUCAAGAAUGAACCAUUUGAGCCCUGGGGAGUCACAACAGACAGACAGAGUCAUAUCCUGACAGCAGACGGUGACAAUGAUUGUAUCCACAUUCUGGAUCAGAAUGGACAGUUUCUCCGUUACAUUGAUAACUGUGAUCUGAAGGGUCCUACUGGUUUAUGUGUGGACAAUAAUGACAAUUUGCUUGUGUGUGAGUACUACAAAAGCAAUGUAAAGAAAAUCAAAUAUCUAAAGUAGACAUCAUCAGUUGUAACAAUGUGAUGUACAUCAAACUCUCUCUGUACAUUGAAUUUCAUCCUUGGAAUUUUAUAUAAAAUAUAUUUGAACUAUAGUUUUCUUAUACUGAUGAAUUCAUUAAUUCCAUUAAAUUAACAGAUAAAUAAAUAAUUACUUUAGUUUUGAUAAGAACACCUCUAAUUUUCAACAAAGAUUUGAAGAAGGGGCAUUCAAAUGUUGUUGACAUGCACUAUACAGCUAUUCUAUCUUAUCAAAUAAAUUGACAAGUGGCGUGUCAAUUAUCAGGAUAGAAAAGAUUUCAGACCAAAAAAAGUAAUGGCUUAAACUGACAAGGACCAUCUACCAGUUAUUGUGUUAAUAGAACAUAUAUAAAACAUGUGACUUUGUUAUAUGUACCAGAAAGGCAUUGCUGUGUAUUUUACCAGCAGAGGUUAUGUAAAGAAUGUAAUUUUAAAACAUUUGUCUAAAUGCGUCAACUGGUUGUAGAAAAAAUUCUGUAUUGGAACUUUUAUUUGUAUUUACAGAAUAUUUGAGACAAAAUGAACAUGUGUUUUUGUUUAAUAUUGCAGUAGGUAUCAUACAUGUAAUAAAACGAUUUUGAAAACAAAACCAAAAAUAAGAUGCCUUAUAUAUACAUGUAGUCACCUGGGUAUAUAUUCACAUGUAUAUCAUUAAGCCUUUAGA